AUGCUGACCAUCAAGAGAGUUCCCACCGUCGUCUCCAACUUCCAGGAGGCCGAGGAGUCGCUCGGAUGCGGCCGCAGCUGUCUCGGCAAGUGCUGCCUCCCUGGUGAGCGGCCCGAUCCUCGAUCUGAUCCUCGACGUUGUUCUGUUCUGCUUUCCUCCCUUGAUUUCUCACACCACGGCCGAUCCGUAUCGCAGUGGCGAAGCUCCCUCUGUACACCUUCAAGGCGGAGAUCCAAGAGGCUUCUGCCAACGGGAAAUCCCACCCCGCGUCUCCUGACGAGGAUUCUUCAGUCGUUUUCCUCAACAACUUUGUGCUCGGCCAGGUAUGGUCUCCCCUUACGCUCUCUCCCUCAUCUCGUCCAACUCUGCCAUGCUUCUUCUUCACCGAGAUGCUUAUUUGCUCGAUCCGUUUCAGUGGGAGGAUCGGAUGAGCAGGGGGCUGUUCCGGUACGACGUCACGGCCUGCGAGACGAAGGUGAUCCCCGGGAAGCAGGGCUUCAUCGCGCAGCUCAACGAGGGGCGCCACCUGAAGAAGCGCCCGACGGAGUUCCGCGUCGACCGGGUGCUCCAGGCCUUCGACCCCAGCAAGUUCAACUUCACCAAGGUCGGCCAGGAGGAGGUGCUCUUUCGCUUCGAGCCGAGCCCCGAAGGCGGCGCCGCCAGCUAUACCGAGGCAGCCCCCGUCGGUGCCGACGCCUCUCCCAACGUCGUCGCCAUCAACGUAAGCCACAGACCGUGAAGAUUCGUCGUCUUGCUCCCUCCCCUUCGUCGUCUUCCUGAAGGUUCUCCCUCCGCCAUGGUCGCAGGUGAGCCCCAUCGAGUACGGCCACGUGCUGCUGAUACCGCGCGUCCUCGACCGCUUCCCUCAGAGGAUCGAUCGGGAGAGCUUCCUGCUCGCCCUACACAUGGCUGCCGAAGCAGGGAGUCCUUACUUCCGGGUCGGUUACAACAGCCUCGGAGCCUUCGCCACCAUCAAUCACCUCCACUUCCAGGUGAGCUCCCCUUCCUCCGACCUUCCGGGACUUCUGGUCGCUUCCAGAGAGAGAACUGACCUGAUCCGCCCCCCUUCCAACCAGGCCUACUUCUUGGCCGUGCCGUUCCCGGUGGAGAAGGCCCCCACGAGGAGGAUCCCUCUGUCGUCCAAGAGCGGGGUCAAGGUCUCCAGCCUGAUGAACUACCCCGUCAGGGGCCUGGUCUUCGAGGGCGGGAGCAACCUGCAGGAGCUCUCUGAUUUGGUCGCCGGCGCCUGCAUCUGCCUUCAGGAGAGCAACACCCCCUUCAACGUCCUCAUCUCCGACAUGGGCAGGAGGAUCUUCCUCUUCCCUCAGUGCUACGCGGAGAAGCAGGCCCUCGGGGAGGUGGACCGGGAGAUCCUGGAGACCCAGGUGAACCCCGCGGUGUGGGAGAUCAGCGGCCACAUAGUUCUUAAGAGGAAGGAGGAUUACGAGGAGGCCUCCGAGGCCUACGCCUGGAGGCUCCUCGCGGAGGUCUCCCUCUCCGAAGAGCGCUUCGAGGAGGUGAAGGCCUCCCUAUUCGAGGCCACCGGACUGGCGCCGGCGGGCGAGGAGAAAGCGGAGGAGGUCCCCGGCGAUUCUCUCCUCCAGACCAGCGUUCCGCCGCCUGCCGCUUCUCUCUUCCAGGACGGCUGUCUUGUCCUGCAGUAG